AUGUCAGCCUCUGUGCUCAACGCUCCCACCCUUUUUGGAGAUGCCUCCGUUGAUCAUGCCGUCGCUGGACUCGGGGCCGGGACAGUCGCUACACUCGUCAUGCAUCCACUAGAUCUCGUCAAGGUCCGGUUCCAACUGGCAGACGCUCCUCGUUAUGCUCCUCCUGAUCCCGUUGGAACUUCCGUAGGAACCAGCUCGCACCCGAUGACACACAAACGACCGGGAUUCGGCCGGGCGGUAUACGGUGCACUGGCAGAAGCUGUUCAGGUAGACGGGUGGAAGGGUCUGUACAGAGGGCUGAUCCCGAAUCUGGUGGGAGGAGCUGGCAGUUGGGGUCUCUACUUCUUGUUUUCAUCACUCAUCACCAGCUACAACAUGAUCAAGAAACAAAUGCAACAUGGUGAUCCGACCUAUCGCACGACCAGUGGUCAGCAUUUACUAGCAGCAGCUGAAGCAAGCGCUGUCACUGCCAUGCUCACAAAUCCUAUAUGGGUGGUUAAAACCCGCGUAUUCGCUACUGCACGUCAUGAUCCCACCGCCUACCGGGGUCUUUUCCAAGCUCUUGGGUCUAUUUACCGGAAUGAAGGUAUCAGAGGACUCUACAGAGGGUCUUUGUUGGCGUUGGUCGGAGUAUCGAAUGGUUCAAUACAGUUUGCAACAUAUGAGGAGAUUAAGAGAAGACGGACGGACAUAAAGAGAAAGUUAUAUGCGUCACAUGGGAGGGAAUGGAAGACGGAAGAUGAGAAAUUAAAAAACAUAGAGUAUAUUCUGGCAUCAGGAAGUUCCAAGUUUGUUGCUAUUGCGAUCACAUACCCCUAUCAGGUUAUCAGAGCUCGGAUACAAAACGCUUCUGGACCUUCCACACUCUCAUCCUCCAAACCCGUCACAAUUCCCAGCGUCAUAGCUGCUGCCUGGCGAAAUGAAGGUUUCCUCGGGUUUUACAAAGGUCUAGGUACAAACGCCCUUCGAAUCCUCCCAGGGACAUGUACGACAUUCGUUGUCUAUGAGAAUUUGGUUUGGGCGUUUCGGGCGUUAGCGGUGAGACGAGACAAUAGUCGACCUCUGUGA